AUGGCAUUCUCUACAAAAAGAUUCAACAUGCAACUUUGGAUUCUUCUCGUUUGCUUCCUUGCUGGAGCAUUUGCGGAGGAGGAAAGCGAUCCUAGUUCGUACAUCUAUAAAAACGUGUAUACUUAUGGUAGCCACGGAGCAAGAUAUGGCGGUCAUGGAUAUGGCGGACGAUAUGGUGGCUUAGGCGGUUACGCAGGUGCCAGAUACGGAGCAGGAUAUGGAAACUACGGAAGGCGUGGAUACUCUGGCUACGGACACAAAGCAUAUGGUGAUCCAACAUACGGAUAUGGAAGUGGAUACGCACUUGGUGGUUAUGGAGGACGAGGUUAUGGAAGCGGCUACGGAUAUGGAGGUGUAACUGGCGGAUAUGGUGGAUAUGGAUAUGGACACAAAGCAUAUGGUGACCCAUCAUACAAUUAUGGAAGUGGAUAUGGAAGUGGAUACGGACUUGGUGGUUAUGGAGGACGAGGUUAUGGAAGCGGUUACGGAUAUGGAGGUGUAACUGGCGGAUAUGGUGGAUAUGGAUAUGGACACAAAGCAUAUGGUGACCCAUCAUACAAUUACGGAAGUGGACAUGGAAGUGGAUAUGGAAGUGGAUACGGACUUGGUGGUUACGGAGGACGAGGCUAUGGAAGCGGUUACGGAUAUGGAAGUGUAACAGGCGGAUAUGGUGGAUAUGGCUACGGACACAAGGCAUAUGGUGAUCCAACAUACGGAUACGGAAGUGGACACGGGUACGGAGGUUAUGGAGGACGUGGUUAUGGUGGCGGGUACGGAUACGGUGGUGGCAGAGGCGGAUAUGGUGGAGGUAGAGGCGGAUAUGGUGGUCAUGGGGGUUCUGGUUAUGGACGCAAAGCGUACGGAGAUGAGCAAUGAGUUUAAUUGCAAAUUUUCUUACAUGUAUUUAUAAAUCUUAAAUAAAAAAAAUCGUAACAUAACAGAAUAUUCCUAUUUGUACCAUUCUAAUAAUAUUCGUACAUUCUUGUUUAAUAAAACAUCUUAAUGUUAAUGAUGUAAAAAGUAGUCUGAAAAUUAAGACUGCUUUGUUAUUGUUACAUUUGGCACAAUGAACAUAAAAAGCAUGCUGAAGUUGAUUGUGAAUGUUGAAACUUUUUGGUACCUCAAAACUGGUUUAUUUAAGUUUGGUUCAAAAUUUAUUCCUGCUUCGUUUGGAACAAAAGUUGACACAGUGAACAAAAAAAUGCUCUUUUGUCACUUAAGUACUACUUUCGGCCUAAACUAGCCUAAAGUUAGAACUACUUCAUUUUCACAAGAUUUGAACAAGUAAACAAAAAAACGGUUUGUUGAGCAUGAAAGCGAUACAAAAUUUCUUUGCCACCGAAAUAUACAUUCUAGUUUUUUAACAGUUACACUUUUGCUUGUGUGAAUUGUUUCUUCUUGUUUGCUAAGGAUUUUAAGUUAUUUUUUUUUUCUGUUUUCCACAUUGAAGAAAGAUCCAUCGCGCAUG